UUUGUCGGGUCAGUCAAAAGUUCGACACGACAUCGUCGACAACGCCGUCGCCACUGCCGCCGCCGUCACCACACACUAUACCACCGUCAGCCGCGCGCAUGUAUAAUAAUAGUUACGACCGAAUACCGUUCGGCCGUACAAUGAUAUUAUAAUAUAAAAAAAUAUUUAAUAUUCGAGUAUUCGACUGAUAAACGGGUCGCGCGUACAAGAGAGAAUCGCCGGCGUGUCGGACGCUGUAUAAUAUUAUUUUCUUUGAAAAAAGUUUUCGUUUUUAUUUCACCGAGUCUACACACACAAUCCGUAACGAUGAUAGCUCACUAAUAAAUAAAAUUAGUUUUUUUUUUUAAUUUGUAUAGUAUUUUUUAAAUAUUUUUUUUACUUAAUAUUCGCCGUCGGAUUUGGAUUUUUUAAUUUUAUUUUUUGUUUUGUUAAACUCGAUGUCUCGUCGCCGUCCGCGUUUCGAACGCUAUGAAAACGUCCGUCGAAUGACCAUAAUUGUGGCGACGAUUGCCGGUCGAGAUGGGAGAUGAUAAAAAAGAAAGGUCAGAGACGGUCGUCGUUCUUCCUGCAUCGUCGCGAUUAUCGAUACCGGGACGUUUCGGUUGGGCAGGAGGACCUUUCAAGAGACAAACUCGAGAUGGACUAUGACGGAAGCGAAUAUUCUAUACUGUUCGGUAUCCGUCAGGUACCGUGUGAUGAAUAACUCGAGCAAAAGUUUCUUCAGAUGGAUCAUAUCAGAAAUAUUCUGCUGCUGGAAACAACAGAACGAACUUCCCGAAAACUUGGCCGCCGUGGGUUACACGGAGUUCACGCACUCAAGUACGGCGGACGGACUACAACUGCAGCCGCUGUCGUUGAGGGACUACGUGAACACGCUGGAACCGUACAACCCCGAAGUGCACGGCUGGAGGGACACCACACCGCCCGUCAUGCGGUCCGUCAAGCACGGCGGGCGGGCGACGCAGCUAGUGACGACCAUCCAGACGUCGGGACUGCACGACAUCGAAAUACUAGGCGUGCCCGACGGCCACAGCUAACGACGGCGUUUUCCGACAUCGGCCCGUUCGUUCAGACGUCGUCGUAAACCGUGUACAUACGACAAUGCUACCAAUUGUAACGAUAUAUUAUACAUUAUUAUUAUUAUUAUUGUUUAUUGUAAUAAA